AUGAUCCCCCGGAGAUCUGCUGGUUUGGCCAAACUUAUGCCGUCUGUCGCUGCAAGACUGCAAUCCACAAUGACUCCCAAAGAAUUAGACGCCGAGUUCCAAAAAUCCGUCCAUGAUCUGGCGCCAAAAUACCAAUCCAACCCUGGAACCCAAACAAAGAACGGGGUGCUCCCCGUGGCAGAGGCCCUCCAACUGAUCAACUCUCGCUCCUACAACCUUUUGUCGCUUGACAUCGAACACUACGAGCGCCACUCCCAGAACGUGCUCGAACUCGGCGUGUCCGUGUACAAGCCCGCGUACCAGGCCCAUGCAUUAUUCCCUCAUAUAGUCAACUUCCAUAUCAUUCUGAAAGAAGGACUCAAUUACUUCAACGGCAAAUACGUUCCAGAUAAUCGACUCAAAAACGUCACGGGCCAGUCGAUUCUCGCAACCAAGACAGAGGCCAUCGAGAUCCUCGCCAAGAUCUUUGAGGAGCUGGACGUCUCGAAAACGCUGCUAGUAGGCCAUGGAAUCGGAUCAGACCUCUCAGUGCUCCGCAAAUGGGGACUCCAGAUUCCCGAGACGCUGCGGGUGGUGGACACGACGAAACUUUGGCUAUCGCUGCGAAUUACGUCGAAAAAAUCCGCGCUCUGGUUCGUGCUCGAUAAAUUAGGCAUUCCUUACGCGUUUCUACAUAACGCGGUCAACGACUCGUACUAUACACUGGUUGCGUGUCUGAUGCUGUCGUCGCCCGAGAUUCGCAAUAAUCUCGUCGCUAAAGAUUUGAAGUUCGACCUGGAAACAGAGGAAGAGUUGGAAGUGCGCUCGGUGCGCUGCUCUCCAAGCGACGAAUCGCUCGAUAAAAGAGGCCCGGUAAGAAAUAGCUCGAUCGUGAAACCCAUGUACUUCCACCUGCCUGUCGCUAAAGAUGCUGUCAAGUUCGUCGAGGACAAGCUCAAAGAGCUGCCCUGA